AUGGAAGAACAAGAACCACAGCAACAAGAUCAUCAUAAGCCAAUGCUCAGCAAUAAGUUAAAGCAUCUUAUUUUUCAAGAAAUGUUGUCACUAAAAGUUAGUGACUCACUUCCUCAUGGUACAUUCAAAAGGAUUGCUCAAAAAUACGAUUAUCAUCAUAAAAUCAUAAGAAAUUUAUGGAAACGAGCAAUUCAAACCAAAGAAGCAAACAAGCCAUAUGCUGUAGAGUUGAAGUACAAAAACUGUGGAAGAAAAAGAGUGGUGGUAGCACCAAACAUACUUGAGUCUAAACCAAUGGACGAACGUACUUGCAUUGGAGAUGUGGCAACAUGUUUAGACUUGGCACCGUCAACGGUUUGGAGGUUGAUAAAAAGAGGUGAGAUAAAUGCACAUUCAAAUCCAUUACUCCUCGCUUUAACCAAUGCCAACGAAAUAAGAAGGGUGGAGUGGAUUUUGAGCCUUAUCCUAGAAGAAACCAUUCAAAGACACCCAAUAUACAAAGCCAUGUACGAUUUUAUUCACGUUGAUGAGAAGUGGUUUUAUUUUUCCACGAAAACGCAAAGGGUUUCUUUAGCACACAAAGAAAAGGUCCCAUAUAAGGCAGCGAAGUCGUCAAAAUUCAUACCUAAGGCUAUGUUCUUAGGGGCGGUAGCAUGGCCUUAA